GUGCCCGUGACGCGUUACGCCGGGGCGCCGGCGGGGUUGAGGGCAAAUUCAAGAUGGCGGCAGCGGCGUUGCCGUUGAAAGGCCUUUUGCGAGUGGGAGCAGGACGGCUCUCGGGGCUCCCACGGCGGGGGUUUCAUCGCUCUGUGCCGGCCGCCGUUCAGGUGACUGUCCGGGAUGCUUUGAACCAGGCUUUGGAUGAGGAGAUAGAAAGGGAUGAAAAAGUUUUCCUGUUGGGGGAGGAAGUUGCUCAGUAUGAUGGUGCAUACAAGAUUAGCAGAGGACUUUGGAAGAAAUAUGGUGAUCAGAGAAUCAUAGAUACUCCUAUAUCAGAGAUGGGGUUUACUGGUAUUGCGGUCGGAGCUGCCAUGGCUGGCUUGAGACCUGUUUGUGAAUUCAUGACGUUCAACUUCUCCAUGCAAGCUAUUGAUCACAUUAUAAACUCAGCAGCCAAAACUUACUACAUGUCUGCUGGUUUGGUGCCUGUCCCCAUUGUCUUCCGGGGUCCGAAUGGAGCAUCAGCCGGGGUCGCAGCCCAGCAUUCCCAGUGUUUUGCCGCUUGGUAUGGACACUGCCCUGGACUGAAAGUAGUCAGCCCGUGGAGUGCAGAAGACGCAAAGGGUCUCCUUAAAUCCUCAAUCCGGGAUGAUAAUCCAGUUGUAAUGUUGGAAAACGAGUUAAUGUAUGGAGUGCCCUUUGAACUGUCUGAGGAAGCCACAUCAAAGGACUUCCUUGUUCCCAUUGGAAAGGCUAAGAUAGAAAGGCCAGGAACCCACAUUACUUUAGUGUCUCAUUCGCGACCUGUGGGCCACUGUCUGGAAGCAGCUGCAGUCCUUGCCAAAGAUGGAGUGGAGUGCGAGGUAAUAAACCUCCGUAGCAUUAGGCCAAUGGAUAUUGAAACUAUUGAAGCCAGCGUUAUGAAGACAAACAAUCUUGUGACAGUGGAAGGUGGUUGGCCCCAAUUUGGAGUGGGAGCAGAAAUCUGUGCCAGGAUUAUGGAAGGUCCUGCUUUCAACCACUUGGAUGCCCCUGUCGUCCGUGUCACAGGGGCAGAUGUUCCUAUGCCUUAUGCAAAAAUUUUGGAGGAUAACUGCAUACCUCAAGUAAAGGACAUAAUAUUAGCGGUGAAGAAAACACUAAAUGUCUAGUUCUAUGUAUUUGAGUGUGGUGGAUUCUUCAACUAUAUGUCUUUAAAAGUAUUUAUGGAAUGUAUUUACAAGCCUUUGUAUACGGAGCUGCACCUUGUAUAGUACAUGGGGAGGAUGGCAAUGUGGAAGGAAGUGGGUUGUAGGUUUUUCGGACUGUAUGGCCAUGUUCUAGAAGCAUUCUCUCCUGACGUUUCACCUGCAUCUAUGGCAGGCAUCCUCAGAGGUUGUGAGAGGUGAAACAUCAGGGGAGAAUGCUUCUAGAACAUAGACAUACGGCCCAAAACUACAACCCAGUGAUUCCUGCCAUGAAAGCCUUCGACAAUACAUGGAAGGAAGUGAUCUGUUACAGGACAUACUGUUUUUUCAUCCUUUCAAUAAGGAAACAAACAGGCUUAAAUCUAAAACUAUAAUAAUAUUCAGUAGCUAAAUAACUCAUUGUAAGAAGUUUUGUUUCUCAUUGUACAUGAGCAGGCUUCCUUUGAUUUGCAGUCUAUCAAGACUCGGCUUGCGCUUUCUUUGUAACUUAUCAUGUUUGAAAUAAAAAAUUAACAAAACGAUUGAGUAUAU